AUGUCACCACGCUCCAAAAACCAAGGUCUCCAAUCUAUCUCUGUGAACACUACAGAUUUUGUAGUGUCGCAUCUUUCAUUUUCAAACGCAUCAGUGUUUGAUGCUCUUUGGCCUUCCGUCGCUUCCGAGUUUUUAAUUAAAAUGCCUUGUCUUGGCUCGUCUUCUCAUUACGGAGACACAUCAGUCUUUGAUGCAUACACGGGAACUGCCAUACAUGACUUUCUGAAUGGCUUAAUGCAAUUCUUCUCCCUGUGUUGGGUGUUUACUCUAGAACCUCUUCGUGCUCUAUUAGGCUUAAAGGGCAAAGGAAAGGCCAACGCUGUUGUGGAAGUAAAUGUGACUGCAACGACUACGAGCGACACCACAACCUGGCUUAAUACCCUCGACAAAGCCCACCAUGAGAAUGGUCCAGAUGAGCACUCUCAGGAUGAUGCUCCAGAUGGCCGCACUCCUACCCAGUGCUUGUUCACAAGGCUCUUUUGGGACUCAGAUGACAAUGUGGAAGAUUACACUGCACCAUUGUCACCAAUGCCUAUCGCCGGACCUACCAAGAAGACUAAAUUAGAUUCAUAG